GUUACUCCACUUUUGUCCCGCAUCAUUUGCCGUAGCGGGAAAUGGGUGGGAACGGCAGCGGUGCAUUGUGGGAAAACACGUGUAUGGGGACCGUGGACUGAGUGAAAGAGAAGAACGGAGAGUGUUUUUUGGUGACGCCGUGAUUUCGCCGACAUGUCGUCCAAGAAGAAGACGGACGGCGACGAUCGCUUCCUGCGGGUGCAGAAGGACCCCAGGUUCUGGGAGAUGCCCGAGAGAGAACGCAAAGUCAAGAUCGACAAGCGCUUCCAGUCCAUGUUUCACGAUGAGCGCUUCAAGGUGAAGUACACGGUGGACAAACGAGGCCGUCCCAUCAGCCACACGUCCACAGAGGACCUGAAGCGCUUCUACAAGCUGUCCGACUCCGAGGAGGAGGAGGAGGAGGAAAAGGACAAGAAGAAGAAGAAGAAGGCUGGUCGAGGAGUGACGGACGAGAGGAAGAACGAACCUGAACGAGGAGUCCGAGUCAUCCAACAGGAUGAAGACGAUGAGGAGCAGCGGUCUGCAGAGGAGAACGUCGAUGAUGAAGACGUCAGCGCCAGCAGCGAGGACGAUGAGGAGUCUGGUGUGGAUUCUGGGGACGACAGCGACAGCGAGCCGGACCUGGCCAGAGGGAAGGGCAACGUGGAGACCAGCUCUGACGAGGACGAGGACGUGGACGCCAUCCUGAGGAGGGAGGAGGAGGAGAUCGAACACGACUGGGGAGAGCUGUGCAAAGACGCCCCGCGGAGCGACGAGGUUUCCGCCCGGCUGGCCGUCUGCAACAUGGACUGGGACCGCAUGAAGGCCAAAGACCUGCUGGCUCUGCUCAACUCCUUCACGCCUCCCGGAGGAGCCGUGCUGUCGGUGAAGAUCUACCCGUCAGAGUUUGGGAAGGAGAGGCUGAAGGUGGAGGAGACUCAGGGACCGCUGGAGCUGAGAGCGCUGCCCGACGACUCGGAGGACGACACUGAGGAGGAGAGGGUUUACAGAGAGAAGAUGCGCGACUACCAGUUCAAGCGUCUGAAGUAUUUCUACGCCGUGGUGGAGUGUGACUCUGUGAAGACGUCAGCCAAGAUCUACGAGGAGUGUGACGGCUACGAGUACGAGAGCAGCUGCUCCGUCCUCGACCUCCGUUUUAUUCCUGACGACGUGACGUUUGACGAGGAGCCCAGAGACGUGGCGACAGAUGUGAAGCUGUCGGCCUACACGCCCAAACUGUUCACCUCGUCUGCUGCCGCCACCUCGAAGGUGCAGCUGACGUGGGAUGAAACCGACCACGAGCGAGUGACAGCCCUGAACAGGAAGUUCAACAAAAACCAGCUGCUGGACAUGGACUUUAACGCCUACCUGGCCUCCUCCAGCGAAGAAGAAGAAGAAGAAGAAGAAGAAGAAGAAGGUGAAGAUGCAGAUGCAGGGCAGGAGGAAGCAGACCACGUCAACACAGCAGAGGAAGAGCUGGUCGUGGAGAAGAAACCUCGAGAGGAGGACAAGAAGAAGAAGAAGAAAAAGAGCGAGGAGCAGAUCUCCAAGUACAGAGAGCUUCUGAAGGGCAUCCAGGACAAAGAGAAGAAGCUGCAGGAAGACAAAGACAUGGAGAUGGAGGUCACCUGGGUGCCAGGCCUGAAGGAGGCGACGGAGCAGCUGGUGAAGAAGAAGCUGGAGGCCAAAGACAAGCUGACGCCCUGGGAGGAGUUUCUGCAGAAGAAGAAGGAGAGGAAGAAGCAGAAGAAGUCUGAGAGGAAGCAGGGAACUGACGUGGAACAGCUCAGCGACGACGAGCUUCCUCCAGAUGUGGACCUCAGUGACCCCUUCUUCUCCGAGGAGCUCAGCGCUGCAGAGCUGCAGAAGAAGAAGAAACAGAAGAAGAAGAAACAGGAAGAGGAGCCCACGGCUGAGGAGGAAGAGGAGCUGGAGAAACAAAAGGCCCAGAUGGCUCUGCUGAUGGAGGAUGACGACGCCGAACACAAACACUUCAACUACGACAAGAUUGUGGAGCAGCAGAACCUGAGCAAGAAGAAGAGGAAGAAGCUGCUGAAGAAAGGCCAAGAGCCGCUGGAGGACGACGACUUCCAGGUGGACGUGAAAGACCCUCGUUUCCAGGCCAUGUUCACCUCCCACCUGUUCAACCUGGACCCCUCCCACCCCAGCUACAAGAGGACCCAAGCCACGCAGAGCAUCCUGGCCGAGAAGCAGCGCCGACGGGAGGAGGAGCAGCGCCGCAUGGAAGACGCGCUCGCCGCUCGGAAGGCCACGCCCACACAGUCCGAGUCGGCCGACCAACAGGAAGCAGCAGGAAAGAGACGCCAGGACGCUCCGACGGAGAGGAAAGCCAUGGACCCCAGUCUGUCGCUGCUCGUCAAGUCCAUUAAAAGCAAAACGGAACAGUUUCAGGCUCGGAAGAAGCAGAAGCUGCUCUAGUUUCUCUGUUUCCACACAUAAAAGUGACACAGACGCCACCUGGUGGAAACAGUCGGUAGGUAGGGUUGACCUUGAUGGGCCUCCUGCUGCCUGGAAGCAGGAACACAACAUGACAUCAGAAGGAAAUGUUGGAUUUCUACUGUUUUGUGUUUCAAAUUCCUGCUACAACUACUGACAUCUUUACAUUAAAUUCAUUUACAAACAAA